AGUAUUGGGCCGAGCCCAAUUUAAGAGGUCCAUUUGCAAUUUAGGGUUUUUAAAUAGAGACAACGACCCAUUUCCUUCUUUCUGUCCACCAUAAAAACCCUAAUCUCUUUCUCCACCAGCAGCAGCAGCCAAACAGUGCGUGAGAAAUGGCGAAAUCGAAGAACCACACCGCACAUAACCAGUCUUACAAGGCUCACAGGAACGGCAUCAAGAAGCCAAGGAAGCACCGUCACACUUCCACCAAAGGCAUGGACCCCAAGUUCUUGAGGAACCAGAGGUAUGCAAGGAAGCACAACAAGCAGACUGGUGAUUCUGCUCAAGAGGAAUAGAUGUUUUAGGGUUUUAUUAUUGUCUUUGUGUUUGAACUUUAUUAAUCUGAACUACUAUAUUUUCAUUGUGACUUUUGAAUCUUGUUAGAUUCUAUAUUUUGAUGUUAUGGUUAUUAUUUCUUUUUUACUA